CUGCCUUAAAGGCAGAUAGCGGACCAUGAGGAGCAGGAGGAAAUUUUCUACUCUGACAUGUUGGAGCCAUGACUUCUGAGAAGCACCUCAGUGGGACAAGGUUCCCGGCGUGAGGAGGAAGAGGAGGAGGAGGAGGAGAAGAAGGAGGACAGCAGGGUCCUUUAAGGGAAGAGAAGCGGAGCUCCUCUUACCAUCUGCCGGGGGUUCGGGACCGUAAAGCAGCAGCAGAGAGAGUUGAAGUCAAACUUGCAGGCUUGGCCCCAGUCUCGAGUUUGAAAGAUGAGCUUGAUGUCUGCCAUAGACACGAGCGCCUCCGUGUACCAGCCCGCGCAGCUCCUCAACUGGGUCUACCUGUCCCUGCAGGACCCGCACCACCAGACCAGCGCCUUCGACGCCUUCAGACCCGAGCCCAACUCUUCACACCCGGAUCUCAACUUCACUAAGACCCCCACAACAGCAGCAGCAGCGGCGGCGGCGGCGGCGGAGCUGAGCUCGUCCCUCAACUCCAACUAUCUCAACAACUUCUUCCAGCUGCAGCGCAAUGAGGCCUUAAACAAUAACGUGUAUAAGAACGUGUCACCCUACGGCUCGCUGAACAACAUAGUGGACGGACUCAACUCGCUGACGGACCAUUUCUCCGACCUCUCCCUUUCGUCGGAGCCGAGGAAACCCAACAAGAGGCCACCGCCCAACUACCUGUGCCACCUGUGCUUCAACAAGGGCCAUUACAUCAAAGACUGUCCUCAGGCCAGACCCAAAGGGGAAGGACUGACACCGUACCAGGGGAAGAAGAGAUGCUUCGGAGAGUACAAGUGUCCCAAGUGUAAGAGGAAGUGGAUGAGCGGCAACUCCUGGGCCAACAUGGGCCAAGAAUGUAUCAAGUGCCACAUCAACGUCUAUCCACACAAACAGCGCCCCCUGGAGAAGCCGGACGGCCUGGACGUUUCUGACCAGAGUAAGGAGCACCCGCAACACCUGUGCGAGAAAUGUAAAGUCCUGGGCUACUACUGCCGCCGAGUGCAAUAGUCAUCAACCCUUUGUCUUUCAUCCUCCAACAAGGCCGUCAACGUCCUUCCUUCUUGCACAUUUUGCCCCCAGGUUUUCCAACGUUUGUCCAUGUCCUGCACACAACAUGGCGUCCUUUCCUCUUCUGUCCUCUGGAAGCCUUAAAUAAUGACGAUAGCUCUCGUCCACCCUUCUGUCCCUCUUCUCAAACCACCCAUGGAAGCACUAAGGCCUUUUUUUCCCAAUGUCAGUAUUAAGGAAUGAGAGGAAUCUGUAGACCCAGAAGAUCAACUGCCAUCUUUUCACAAAUGGAAGAUUUUUGUUGUUCCCUGUAUCAGAAACCACAAACCCCCGCCUGUUUCACAUGAUGUGACAACAGCUAAUAACCAUAAACGGUCCCUGACAAUAUCGUCUCCAUAGAUUACCUCACCUUAGGGUUUGUUGGCCUCGUGUUUACAGAGAUCUGCCUUUCAUUUCCCUGCCAAGCCGAGUGUGCACUAAUGUGACGAACACUUAAACCAAGGCCUCUCGUGAUGGUUCAAUAUAUAGGAGGCCUUUGUUGAUGUCUUGCCGUAUUUUAGGGUCAACAGCACAUCGUAUUAACUGUGAAUUAACUGAGGGAUAAUGUGCCAUAACAUCCCGAGCUUACAUUUGGCCUAUUUAUUUUUCUUUCUGUCUUUUUUUCUUCUUCUUCUAGUGUGCAAUUUGAAUUUUAACUGGGACAGAAGAAAUGUUUGUUGUUUUUGGUGUUUCGUAAAUCACAUUAUUGUGUAACUGCUUCCAUGUGUCUUUAGAAACUACUGUAGGUUCAGUGCAGAGUCGCUCCUCAUUUAGAUUUAGUGUGUUGCUAACAUUUCAUUCACGCUCCCGAGGGUUUUUCUGUUGCCAAACAUAAUCUUAUGGUGCUUUCACACCGACUGGGAUUAUUUGUGUGCCAUUGUUUCUUGUGCGAUUGAGUCCAGAACUGUAAGUAAACACAACUCGUGAUUACCAGCCUAGGGCUAAUGCUACGCCAACACAGUCAGUCAUUUUUUUCAGAACUUGCCUGGUAGCCAAACUUCCUAGCUCACAUUUUGACCCAUGCUAAUUGUCCGUCCUCCAUUUUGGGUACAGCAUCAGGACAUUGCGUCAUUUCAAAUCACAGGCGUGGGGCUCAUAGUUAGCGCUAGGCUUACUAUGAUCAUGGUAGCUUUUCAGAACAUAGCAGGUGUAGUUGGACUACACGUCCUAGCUCAUUUUCUGACCCAUGUCUGACUUGGGAAGAUAGUUUUUAACAUUUUCUUUACUUGCGACUUGUGGCUGCAAGUAAACAGCCCGUGACUACAGGGUUUGGGGCUUAUGCUAGUGCUAACUAUGCUUAUAGUAGCUUUUCAGAGCGUAGCAGAGGUGUAGUCCAACUUCCUAGCUCGUUUUCUGACCCACAUCUGUCCUCCAUUUUGGGAACAACAUAAGAACGUUGAGAAAGAUUACAGAUUUGCGUCACCCAGUGCGACUGACGCAAAACUAGGGAAGAGACAUUUUGAGAUUCGUGCAACUGUGGUCGAGUAAUGCAGGUAAACACAACCUGUGACUACAGGUUUGAGGCUAAAGCUAGUGCUAACUGUAUGUACAGUAGGUUUUCAGAACGUAGCUGGUGUAGUCCAACUUCCUAUCUCGCUUUCCAACCGAUUUCAAACAUCUGUCCUCCAUUUUGGACACAAUAUUAGGACGUUUGAAGGCGGUCAAUGCUGGUUGGCUUUCAUAGAAUCAUAACACGCCGUGGUGGAAUAUUUCAGCCUGAGUGACUCGUGCUGGAUUUGUGACACAAUUUGCGUCCACUCCCGUCUUUGGUGUGAACGCGCCAUUCCUCAUCUUUAGUUUCAUGAUAGGACAGUUUUAUAAAAAAAGUGAAAUAACAAGGUCGACCCAGCAGCAGCAGAAGAAGAAGCAGCUGUAGGAGAAUAACAGUAGUUUCUUGCCAGUGCUGAAAACAACAUUUUUCAAAAACAAUCGAAAAGGAGAAACUGCCUGCCAUGAUUUGAUUAGCAGCAUGAAAGACAACUUAACCGUCCACAUGUUAGGUUUGAUUGGACACAAACGAGCACAAGAUGUUCAUCAGAAAGUCAUUUAACAUCACACUUUGAUGCCUGGCAGCGAUAGUGGAGUCAGUGGAAGAGAAAUGGAACUCUUUUUUUUCUUUUUUUCAGAGGGCUGACUGCAGUUUAAAGAGCGUCCAAGAGGAGGUGAAGUUUUAGGGACCUGCAAAGAUGUUUGACAGAAAUGUCGUACAGAAGGGCUGAUUGGUCGGAGAUUUUUUGAGGAUUUAACGUAAGUAGCGAUGAUUUAUGAAGUUUACGCUUGUAUUCAGUUUAAUGGCGCCUACAUUUAUAAACCGAUGUCGUUAAAAGGAAGAGGAGUGACACACCCUGUUUACAUGGAUCAUCGUGUGGAUCUAAAACACUACAUUUAGAACAUUAAGUUUUGACUUAAAGACAUUUUCUUUUAUUACGGUAUGUGAGAACAGUUUUAUAUGUACUGUAUUUCCAGCCUUAUAAAAGCUGGACGAUAUAUAUCUUAUAUGUUACCAUACCUACUGUAUGUGCCUUAAGACGAUUUUUUAAUCAUUCUGAAGUACAGAGACUAGGAGGCCGACUGAAACGUGGGGUUUAGAAUCAGAGUUGGAGCAGAGUGCAGUUGGUGCGUGUGGUUAACUGUGGAGCGUAAUAAGUUAAGAGCAGGUUCAGAGACGUGAUAGAGGACGAGGGAAGAGACAGCGUUCCUCGAUAAGCAGUUUGAAGUGGCAUCAUGGUGGGUGUUCACUUCCACACAGUUUGCUGACUCGGAGGCACAGAAGUCUUCCAGCUGGCAAGAACAACCCUCCUGUGGUCCGUUGUCAUGGAACAUCAACAAAGAUGUUAUUUCUUAGUGGAUGCUCACAACAGAACACACGAAACUCUGUGGACUGUGGACCUCGCUAUUUUGUUUCUUUUUCUGUCCAUUGUUGGAAUGUUUAUCAAGAAGAACCGUGGGUUUUUGUUAAGAAAUACACUUGGUCACUCGCCUCAGCGGGGGAGAUUUACAGUGGCUGACAAUGGUACCACAGAGAUUUGGGGAAAUUAUCGUUUAGCCAGAUUACUUCGCUUCAAUUUAAAGGGGCACUCCAGUGAUUUCAUGCUGAACCACUGCAGCGUCUGGAAAAUACCAUCCAUUUUCUACCACUUUAUCCUCCACAGGAGGGUCGCAGUGGGUGCUGUGCCAGUCUCAGCUGACAUAGGGCGAUAGGUGGGGUCACACCCUGGAAUUUAGCCAUUUUCCAAUUUACCUAAUCCCCAUAUUGGAUGUUUUUGGACUGUGGGAGGAAGCCGGAGAACCCGGAGAAAAUCCACACACGCAGAACAUGCAAACUCCAUGCUGAAAGGCCUUUGUUCCAAACCCGGGUCUUCUUGCUGCAAAGGCAAGAGUGCUAACCACUACAUCAACCGUGUGGCCCCUACCACUUCUUUAAAAAUGUCAGAUAAUACGGAUAACAAUACUGCGACGUGUAUCCUACUCCUAAUCCCUAUUUCCCAUAAUGCAACUUUCAAGUGAACUGUCACUAACCGAUCAGUGGCAGAAACCAGUUCUUUUUCUACGCAUGUGCAAAAGUGCAGCAAUGAAGGCUAACCCUAACGGUAACCCUGGAAACAUAAGUCUUCAUAACAGGAAGUAGCCGCACUUCGUUCAUGCGUAGAACAAAUCUGGUUUUCCCGGUAUGGAUUGGGUAUCGGCGACGCCCAUGCCUAUUGUUCAUACCACAGAGCGCUUAUAUGUACUGACUGUACGGGGGAAAAGCCUGACACCUGGUGGGGGAGGCGGCAUUUGGACGUUGCCAGAGCAGUAUUUGUCACGGUACUUGCUAAAGUGAUGGUGGCGUUGUGUGCGAUAUUAUUGCGUCGAACAAAAAUGCUUGCAAGUGUUUGGACGGUGAGUCGACACUGCCGCUUAAGGAGGUUUUUACCAAGUACAAACCAA